AAACCUCACUUUUUGCCUUUCUCCUAGAGGCUACAGCUCCUCUUUCCAUCACUAAGCCAUUCUCUUCUUUUGCUGCCGCCACCAUGGCUGGACUGAGCCGACUGGGAUUAGCCACAGCGUCCCCUGCUCUCCACCGCCUCGGAAUGCUUGCUAGCACCCGUGCUUAUGGAUCGGCUGCUGCGGUUCAAUACGACUAUGAUUACGACUUCGACGACGAUCAUUCGGUGGAAGUAGGAAGCAGAAAGCUGAAUCGGGAUUCGUGCGUGCCGGAGCCGAGGCUAGACUCCGCGGCGUCGUCGGACUGGGGGCGAGGAGUGCAGUGGGUGUUGAUAGGGGACCCAGGAGCUCAAAAACACGUGUACGCAGAAAAGCUUUCGAAGCUUCUACAAGUUCCUCACAUUUCCAUGGGUACCCUCCUUCGGCAAGAGCUUAACCCUAGCUCUUCUCUCUACAAACAGAUUGCAAAUGCUGUGAAUGGAGGCAAUCUGGUACCAGAAGAAAUAAUUUUUGGGUUGCUGUCCAAGAGGCUUGAAGAAGGUUACUGCAGAGGCGAAACUGGCUUCAUUUUGGAUGGCAUUCCUCGAACAAGAAUUCAAGCUGAAAUUCUUGAUCAAAUUGCUGAUAUUGAUCUAGUUGUGAAUUUUAAAUGUACUAAAGACAACUUGGUGAAGAGGGAUUUUCUUACCUUUGACUCUAUGUCCUCUGUGACUGAUGCUGGAAGUGCCUUGAAGGAAAAGUUCCGUAUAUAUGCAGAACAGGGUAAGGCAUUGGAAGAUUACUAUAGGAAACAAACGAAACUGGUUGACUUUCAAGUGGCAGGUGCACCUGGAGAAACUUGGCAAGGCUUGUUGGCCACAUUACACCUCAAGCAUUUGGGUGCUGUUAAUUCUUCACAGAAACUGACUGCUUGAGAUGUUUUGCGAUCUAAAUUGGUUCAAGUCUGCCAUAGUUCCAUUCACAUGCAAGUGUAGUAGUAAAUAUGUACAUCAUGGGCACAAUGAGUUGUGUCUACUUUUGGUCUUUAUGAGUUAUAGGUUAUUAGAUAGUGCAAUUUUGAGGCUGUAUUCGUACGGUAAUUUUGGCGAGAGAUAAAAAGCAAAGAAACACUGGCAUGUAAGACUGUUAUACAACACAAGCGUGUUAUGUUUCCACUAAUCAGUUUCUUUAUUGUUUC